AUGUCCGUCUUUCUGGCUGGAACAACCAGCAAAGUCGACGCGACCGACUGGCGCGAGGCAUUAUGUGCUUCUCUCUCCGAUACACCGAUUACCAUCUACAACCCAUAUCGCGCUGAUUGGGAUAGCUCGUGGCGUGAGGAUAUCCAUUUCGCCCCCUACCGCCAGCAAGUGGAGUGGGAGCUGGAGAAACAGGACAAGACCGACGUGGUUGUUAUCUAUUUCCACCCUGCAACUCAAGCGCCCAUCAGUCUGUUAGAGCUAGGGAUUUGCGCAAGGGUGCCGGGAAAAGCAAUCGUCGUUUGCCCUGAGGGAUACUGGAAGAGGGGCAAUGUGCAGAUUGUGUGCUCAGAGCGGCAAUAG